GUUAGUGAGAAGUUCCCGCAUUUCCGCCGCCGUAUGAUCUCGGUCUCGCUACCCUGGACCCUGAUUCAUAAAUCCGCUCGAACUCCCAUCUUCUUAUCAAAGCAAUCAUCUACAGAGACCACAAGAUUUCAUCGACCUCUCUCUCAACAACAGUCUCGCACUACAAGUAUGAUAUCUUGCUUCGUCGGCACGGGGUUUGACUGACAAAGUAUAGCCUCUGAAGCACCAUGAUGAACUCCGGAACUGGAAGAUACCGUCGGGGAGUAUCGCGCGAUACACCACAAAUGUCUCCAGGAUUUGGUCCAUAUACAGGAUUCUUGACCCCUCCCUCGCCUUACAGCGGGCUAGACGAGCGAAGGGGCUCUAUCGUGUCGCUGUCAGCUUCUGAGUAUUCGGUACCUACGCCCACCUCGGAACGAAGUCCGUUCUCGGAGGCGAGCUGGCAUGUCAGCCCGUUCAGUAACUUCCAACCAAUGUCGGGACUCCGCCAUGCCCUGCCGUUAGGGACUGUGGGAAUCCCGAUGAAGACGUCAAGCACGGAAUCCUUCUGUAACGACUGGGCUAUGCCUUCCAGCAGCAUCGAAAUGCCUCUCCGGAUGCAGGAUACCAUCUCCUCGGAUGCGGGGUAUCUCCCGUCUCAAAUGAGCUCCUUCUCUGGGUCCGACAGUCUUACACCACCGUCGUCCAGCGCCAACUGGAGUUUCUCCACUGCUCCUGACCAUGCUGAGCUGGACUAUGGGAUGACUGGACAGCAGUCGUUCUGGCAAACACAGGUACCAAGCCCUCACGCAAUGGUGGGUCAGACUAUCGCUCCGGCCGACGCCUUGGUCGGUGACGAAGACUACGGCUUCGUCGAGGACAACGACCGAAGCCCAUUCAUGGAGACAGAAGUUUUUGACAACGCGCCAAUGUCGUUUGCAGCAUCUCCCCAUGACAACGCGCCCAUGACACUCCCUCCUUCGCCACAGGAGGUCCAAGUCAAGCAAGAGCUUGAGUCCUCCGAGACAGAGGAGAAGUUCACGCGGUCAAUCUACGUUUCGCCCAAGGGUGGUAAGACUGUCAAGAAGGAGCGCCAGCGUAAUGGCAUCACUAAGAGGCGAAACUCAAAGUCCAAGUCCCAGCUUGUCUUCAGCCGUUCGCAUGACGGCCACAUCGACGUCGAAGGGUACGAGCUCAACCCUCACACUGGCAAGCGGGAGCCUAUCGGUGGCCCCACCGUCGAGUGGAAAUAUUGCGAGUAUGCCGAUUGUACCAGCAGGUUCAAGAGGCCAGAACAUCUCAAGCGACACCAACGGAUCCAUCUCGGUGUCAAGGAGCAUGAGUGCAGAGUCGACAACUGCACCAAGGUCUUCGACCGUCGCGACAACUACUGGCAGCACGGGACUACACACAUCCGUAUUCCUGGUAAGAAGGAUGGCCGCAACCCCAGAUUGCCCUUUGUGGAGAUGAUCAAGUACGCCGAUGACGCGAAGCAUAUUGAGUUCCUCGAGAAAGCCUACAAGAAAGCAUGCGGAGACGAGUACUCCCUGGACAGUGACAGCGACAGGGCGCACGUCACUCGCAAGGAGCGCAAGAUCCGCAGCCGCCUUUGAGAGGCCGUGGCAAAUCACCUCAGGGCUGAUUGUCAGUCCUUUGCUUCGCAAGUGACUGAUCGUCCCGGCCGCUGUUGUACAAAAUCCCAUCAUUUCGGUUUGUCGG